AAUUCGUCAGCAAGAGAAAAUAUUAAAUCGGCUUCGGUAAAAGGUGAAACAUGCGAAAUCAGUGCUAAAGGCUCAUAUUAAUCAAUUAUAAACUAAUCAUCCCAUGCGUGCGGGCACCUGCAAUCAUCAAGUGUAUCACAAAGUAUUGAUUUUUACAACAUUAAAGACAAAACAGAUAAAUGGGCUGAUUGUUGUUGUUGAUGUUUCUUUUGGUCGGUGGAGCAAAAGAAAUCAAAUUGAUCGAUAACGUGCUGGCAAUUCUAUACGAUAGUAUUCGACAGUGUGUGCGUUCAAAAUAUCAAAAGUAAACAAUCAAAUAUAGGAACAACUUUUUUUGUAGCACGCCAAACAAGAGAAACAAGAGCCCAGUCGAUAGUGGCCAAGCACCAAUCGAUAAUAAAGUUGCCGCAAUCGAUUCAUAAUCAAAGCACACAAAGAAAACAGAGAGAUAAACCAAAUCCAGCAGCUAGCUGCGUGUGAAUUUCAUUUAACUUUGUAUUUUGACGCACUCUUAGCCGCAGUUUAGAGAUAAGAGCGGAAUAGGGACCGAGCAGAGUCGACAAAUUGCAAACAUCGACAUAUAAAAACAACAGCAAGCUCGCCACGUCAGUGGGAGUGAGCGAGAGGCAGCACAUAAGUGCAGCAGCAGUGAGUGCGACCGACUACCGGAGGCUUUUGUGGAAAUUUCUCACUCCCAAUCAUGUUUAAUAACUUUAAAAAUCGCUUCAUAUCGGCCAUUGCGCCCGAUCUGCCGCCGCUGCCGAGCAGCGAGCGGGAGCAUCAACGGGGCGCACUGCGUUUGGGCUCUGGACAGCAAAUGCCAGACAAGUUUCCCUAUGCGAGGCCUCCAUUUCUACAGCUGCUCACUGCCGAUGAGCUGCGCGCCUCGGCCGAUCACAACGUUCGGCCGAUAAUCGUACCGCGCGACAUAAAUCUGCUACCCUGGGGCACUGGGUACGCCGAGUGCGUCAACUCUGGCAAGUCCGAGUGGAACGAGGAUCAAGCUUCCUUCUCCCGACAAGUCCUUUCGGAUCCGGAACACAAUCAUCCUGAUCUGCCCUACACGUAUUUUGGCAUUUUCGAUGGCCAUGCCGGCUACGGAGCCGCAUUGGCCGCCUCGCAUCAAUUCCAUCACAUACUGCACGAGAAACUGGUGGACUGCAUCGAGCUGUUGCUGCCACGCGAUGCGGAUAGCGAGAACGGCAAACUGCAGUUGAAUGCGACAUUCCCUCAUCCAAUUUACUUUCAGCGGCGCGUCAGCAAGGAUGAGCUAAUUAUUGGUGCCCUGGAGAGCGCCUUCUUUCACAUGGAUUCGCUAAUAGCGCAGGACAGAGAUCGGUACCGCGAUGCGGGCGGCUGCACUGCCUGCGUUUCGCUUUUCAUCGAUGGCAAAAUGUACGUAGCCAAUGCGGGCGAUAGUCGCGCUGUGCUUUGUCAGCGACGAGCGGGACCGGGAACGAGUGCUGGAGUGACGCCAUCAACAACAACAGAGCCCAAUAAGAUUGAGCCCGAUCCAGUGGAUGCUGCGCACAGCUAUCCCACGGCCUAUUCGGCUGAUCAUACGCCGGAAACGGAACGUGAGCGAUUGCUAAACGUGGCCCGCUUGAAGCCGCACCUGAUGGGCAAGCAGUAUGUGGCCAUGGAGUAUGCGAAGCGACCACAUAUUAAGGACAUGGGCCAGCGCAUACUGUGUCGCCAGGGCACCAUGAAGGGCUGGACAUAUAAGACGCUGACGCGUGACGAUCUGCGCAUGCCGGUUGUCAAUGGCGAGGGCAAGCGCAGCCGCUUGCUGGGCACGCUGGGCGUGACCCGUGGAUUUGGUGAUCACGAUCUUCUGGCCAUAAAUACGGGCAUACAGAUCAAACCAUUCCUAACGCCGCAUCCCGAUGUGCGACAGCGUGAUCUCAGUCAGGUUGUCAGCAUUCUCGAUGAACACAACGAGGAUGGUGAUUAUGGCAUACUCGUAAUGGCCACCGAUGGCCUCUGGGAUGUAUCCGAAAAUGAUGCCGUCGCGCGCACCGUCUUCCAAACGUUGUCGCGAUACCCCAAGGAGAAGCAUCGAUACACAAUGGUCGCCCAGGAAUUAGUAGCGCGCGCACGGGGCAAAAUCAACGAUUCCGGCCAUUGGCGUUUGGCGGAUAGCAAAGCGGCGGCUACAGUCGAUGAUAUCUCAGUGAUUGUGAUACCAGUGCAUCAGUAUUACAAGGAGCAUAUCGAAUGGACGCACAACUACACCCGCGAGCUGGAGCAGCGGCGGCGCAAGGCAGCCGAGGCCAAUAUGGCACAGGAGGCGGUUAAUGUGCUCAAUGGGAUCAUAGCUGAAGAGGCGCAUGUUGUCGAAGAGCAGCCACAUCCACAUCCCCAACACCAGCAGCAGCAGCAGCAAGUGGUUGUGCAGGUGGAGCAGGUGCCAGCGCUGCUACGGCAAGAGCAAGAGGAGCAGGAGCAGCAGGCGCAACUUGAGCCGGAGGAAACACUCGUUGUGGAACUAAGCGAUGAGACGCCAGUGCAGGCACAUCUCGAAACAAUCAGCCACACGAUGCAGAAAGUGCAGCUGGAUGCGAAUGCGCCUGAAGAAACUCCAGAGAAGACAACAGCGACGUCAAACAAGCAGCGUAACAAUCGCAAGGGCAAAGGCAACAGGCAGUAGAGAGUGCAACAAAGAAACAGGACGUGUCCUUACUAAAUGCUAUAUAGAACACAUACAAAUAAUAAAUAAUUAUUAACGUACACAUAUAUUAUUUUUAUAAAAUUCACAGUUUCUCCCACACAUAUACAUAACAAACGUAUGUAUACAAAGGAGGAUUCAUUUCUGUCAGAGAACAUGCAUUGUACAAUAAUUUAGUGACUGAAUUUAUUUCUUGCUUUCUGUUUCGGUUUUUUUUUUUUUUUUUUUUGCUCUAUUUAAUGUCCAACUAAUUUAUAUAUCUCAAAUUAUGUGUAACUGCUUACUUAUGUAUUCUAAUUAAUUGUCUAACCAAGAGGCGCAGAUAUAAGGAAAAACAGAACAGAAAAAAUAAAUGUGCAUAAAGCCACAAAAUAAAAUUAACAAUUAAA